ACAGCAUAACCAAACGUUGCGGACAGUGCUAAGGAAUUGUAAUGUCCUCAGCCCUAGCAAAGUUAUGAAUAUGAAGAAUGUAUUUCCAGAAUCUCUAAAUCGUAUAUCAUAAAAAUCGGAAAGAAGAUACACUUUGCGUAAACUUUCCCUUAUAGUAAACCGGCGCAUACAUUUAUAGUGACAAUGGAGCAAAAACUCACGAAUAAAGAGGCACAGAACUGGCUUAAAUGUAUGUUAGCAACAUUCACAACCAGGGAUGUAAUUGCGAAAUUAGCCGACGUCGGAUUUAAAGCAUUUUACACGCAUGUGCGAAGUGGUUUGCUCGCACAACAAGGUAUACUCGAAACAACGACGUGUAAUUUAUGUAGUAACCCUUCCAAUAUGUGCGGUCUGUGCUCAGAAAUAGGAAAUCAAAUUUGGGACAACCAUCGUUUUAAAAAAGCGAAAUUGAAAGGCCCUUCAUGGAGCAAUACGGAUUCAACAAAAUGGUGCAUUGACAGUUGGGAGUUGGCAAAAUGUUACAUGCCUCCCACGGGUUAUAAAGAUAAGCCAGAUGCCGACAGCACAGACUUCAAUGGGAUUAUUGGUGCCAUAUACAACUGUACCUGGAUGCAGUGCUACUUUACUAAUGAUCUAAGUAAAGAUUCUAACAUAUGUGCAAAGGCACGAGAAGAAGUUAAUAAACUACGACACAUACAGGACACGAACAUAAAUGAUGGGGAUAUGAUCAGCUUUUUCGAUUGCCUUUUAAAUCUGCUUAAUGAUCCUGGACAUCUGAACAGUUUUAAGCCGUCAGUGGAUGCACGCACAUACCUAACACAGCUUCAGCAAGAAACUCUGCCAUUGUCCGAAAACGCAGUUAAUAGCACAAUGAAAAAAAUUUACGAGGACCAAAAGGAAGAAUUCCGAGAAUUGUUAAUAGAACACUAUAGACAGACGCAGAGUACCGUGUCGGUUUCCCCGAUAUGUGACGGCCGUGAUAAACCCAUACAUACAGUAUUUGUGCGACCGACAUUAAUUCAUGUUGCAAUCGAAAACGAUGGAUCCCGAAGGAAAACGGACAAAGAAGUGCACCAUUACAGAGAAUUAUUUUACAAAGAAAACAAGCUUAAUAAACGAGUAAUUAUACAAGGUGAGCCCGGGAUGGGCAAGACUACACUGCUAUCUAAGUUCGUGCUUGACUGGUGUGAGGCUGCGUCAUCUGAAUCUCAGGAGUACAGUGCCAAUUUCAGUGAUUUGGAAACGUUGCAGGGAUUCAAAUUUCUUUUCCAUUUAAAUCUCAGAGAUUCACCUAAAACGUUCGAGGUAGUAAAGAUGAUAAAAACACAACUUAUUAACAAAAUGUACGCAGAUGAAGGUGAACGUACACAGGUGUACAAAAUACUGCAGCAUAUCAUGAACACAGAAAAAUGUAUCCUCUGUAUGGACGGGCUAAACGAAUGGACUACUAACAACAGUGAUCCAUUUCCAUUAAUUGCCACUUGUCAUAAGCAAUGUGUAGCGUUAAUAACAACUCGACCAUGGAAAAUGGCGGACAAGAGAAUCAAGGAUUCUGGCAUUGACCUUUUGAUAGAAAUAAGCGGAAUUAUGGAUAAAAAUCAGCUAGCGAUAUUCGUGCUCAAAAGUCUUCAGACAAACAACAGCAAGUCAUACGCAGAGUUUAUGUUGUAUGUUGAAGAAAAAAAGUUACAUCAAUUUCUAGCGUCUCCAUGGCUUUUGACGCUGCUAGUUAGUGUGUGGAUAAAUAGUCAGCAUUUUAGUGGCUCGUUGUGCGAACUUAACUGCAUUUUGAUUGAUAAUCUGUUCAGGAAAGCAACGACAGUUGAAGGCAUUUUUAGCCAUGCACAAUUUCGAUGCUUGAAGGCAACGAACUUUAUUUAUCCACACGUCGAAAUUUUGAAUUCUCUUGCAAAACUUGCAUUUGAGUGCACUUUCUCAUCGGGAAAAUCUCUCGUAUUUUCCAAAGAGAAAGUAUUUGAUAGUUUGUCUCAAGAACUACUGACAUUUUCCCUUCAAGCUGGAAUCUUAUCAGAAAGGUACAUUUCUUCAAUAAAAUCUCAGUUCUCGUUUCUCCACGAGACUGUGCAGGAAUUCCUUGCUGCAUUUCAUAUCGCAAAAUCAAACGAUAUCUCAAUAUCAAGCAUUCUUGGAUCAAUACGACAUGUGCUAGAAAUCAGUCAGGUAUUUGUGUACCUAUGCGGACUCAACACUGAAAAGGCUAACACAUUUUUAGACUCAGAUGUAUAUGACCUCCAGUGCGACAUAAGUCACGGAUUGAGUAGUUAUGUGAAGAGACUUUAUCACAAGAAUAAGAUAUCUGUAGUUCAUGAUGACAAUACAAACUUUUUAAAUAUUGUCCUUGCGAAGCGUAAUAAUACUGAAACCAAUGAUUUCGACUCCAAUGCACGUUGUGUUUCUAUAGCCAUAUUAUUCCAGAGCAUGCUAAUUGCGGGUUUUAAAGAGGCUGAAGCCAGCGACCAAAAUGUUUCUUAUCUAGUGUGUAAUGACUUCAUAUUUCACGAAUACCUACAUGAUUCUGAAUUAGGCGACUUGAAGUCCAUGUUAAUGAACAAUACAUUGCGGGUACGUUCACUUAUUCUACGAAGUAAUACACUACAAACGAAAGAAAUACUCACAGUACUUCAAAUGUCAAAGGCUUGUCUUACGCGCCUAAUGAUACCUGCACACCACGAUUUGUAUAGAGCAUUUAGUGAUUUGAACAUAACGGAACUUGUUUUAGAAACAUACAUCGAUGCACCGGUGCUCUCUGACGCUAUAAAGUCUCUUUCAAUGUUAACUUAUUUAAGACUAACAGAAUGCAAUUUGCAGUACGUAUUGUGUGUUCCUGUAUCUUUAAAGCACUUGGAAUUGUAUAAGAUUACAUGUUCCGCUGUGUAUCUGAGCAGGUUGCUUGUGCUAUUAUCGUCAUUAGAUCACAGCAUACAAUUGUUCUUGUGUUAUUGCUCCUUGGCCUUUGACAAUCACAAAACAAAUUCCGCAUAUGAUAGGGCAAAUACGGAUAAACUCGUAGUGCACAGUGAAUUGUUGUCAUGUGACAUGUCUCGUAUUGACCUGCUCGUUAUAAAUGGAAGUAGGGACCUGUAUGAACUUUUGCGCGGCACAAGUAUAGGAAUACUUGCACUCAGCACGACUGACGAUGUUUCUUUAGCCGCUGAUAUUCUUCCCACACUCAGCAAGUUAGAAACACUACACAUAAGGGGGACGUUUAAGGAUAGAGGUUGUGUUCAGCUUCCUCCCACGUUAAAAGAGCUAGAACUUUGUGAAGUAAAAUGUUCAACUGAAUGGUUUGGCAGCUUGUUAAUCAAGCUUGCUUCAUUACACCAUCAGGUUAAAUGUUAUUUGUUUUUUGCUGCCGUGAACAAUAGAUACACAGAAGAUGGACUAGUCGUAAGUAUGUCCGAUGAGCACAGUGAAUUGUUGUCAUGUGACAUGUCUCGUAUUGACCUGCUCGUUAUAAAUGGAAGUAGGGACCUGUAUGAACUUUUGCGCGGCACAAGUUAA